AUGGGGAAAUCAUUUUACAAUAGAAGUACAAGACUUUGGUGGGGUCACUGCCAUCUAAGAAUUGGUAGUAGAUUACAAGUUAGAUUAAAUAAGGGAAUAAAAUAUUCACAUUUUGAGCAUAUAGGAAGAUUUAUAGCAUUUGCUAGAUCAUUAAGAGCAGCAACUUUAAGCAAAUGUUUGAGAAGAAAUUUUUGGGGAACAAAUUUUUAUUAUGAUGGAAAACCGAAAACAGAAGAAAAUUCACAACAAAUUUUGAAAUCAUCACAAGAUGAAGGUGGAUAUAUAUACGCAAUAGAAAAAGGAAAAAUCAUUCCAUCAGAAAAAGAAAUGAAAAAAUUAGAAUCAGUUUUAGGUGUUCCUUUAAAAAGAGAAAGACAGAAAACUCUUCUUAGGAGACUUUAA